GAUUUUAUGAUCUUCUUCACUGGAACUCAUAGCGUGUGCUUAGUGGUUUGUCAGUGGCGGAUGGAAAAAAAAAAAGUAAUCAACGAAAAAUUCUUUGGAAAACAACUCCACACACGUAGCGAUUGCAUAAUCAGCAUGCUCAUUCGCUACUGUAUAUAAAGGGCAGUUGCCUGUCGGUUAGCACAGCACAAUUCUGCAAAUUCAGAAUUCAGUUGACUUCUUACAGCCAAACAUUCACCUUCAGCAGACUUUUUACCCGCAAUGGCCACAUACAUCACACACCUUGCCGUGUCCCUCAAUGAGAGUGAUGAGAAAUCCCUCCAGUCACAAGGCUUCAAGAAAAUCGAAGCUGAUCUAAAGGAAGGGACACGCGCACGUCCAAUCCACCUGUGGUACAAAAAACAAGCCGACUCAAAGCCAAUCACCAGGCUUCAACUUACAUUCAAUGCUGACAUGGAUGAUGGAUUGAUCAAUGCAGGGUACGUAAAGAUCGCCAAAAACCUCAAUGCUGGAACACGAGGUAAUGAAAUCUACCUCUGGUACUUCAAAGGGGAAACAGAGUAUGACACUCCCAUAGUGGACAUCAGUGUCACUACACAUGCCAAUGCUGAAGCCGGGAUGUUGAAAUUUAACUAUGAGAGACUGGCCUGUGAUGUGAACCGUCACGCUGGAGGGAACUGGAUCCACAUCUGGCUGAAGAGAGAGAAACAAACAUACAUCUGCGACAUCACUGCCACCGACAAUUACGGGUCUGACAAAAACUACUUUGAUGAAGGUUACGUCCGUGUGGAUGAAGACACCAACAGGGGUGCAGGAGGAGCUUAUGUCUUCAUCUGGCACCGUCAGACCACCGACCCCAAGCGUGCACUCACUGAUGUGCAAAUCUCCACCAAUGAUGAUGAAUAUCAGUCCUUCCAGCAGCAGCAGUACACUCUAGUGGACGCCGACCUCAACCAGGGCACUGGAGGUAAUCCAGUGUACCUGUGGACAAAGAAAAUGCAAGGCAACGAUCCCAUUAAGUCCAUCACCCUGAUUCUCAACCCAGCUGCUUUUCAUGUGCACGAGAGGGCUGGUGCCAGAGUGAUUGGAAAGAAUCUCAACACGGGCAACCGCGGCAGCGUGGAGUACCUGAGCGUUCAUCCUUGAAGGCCUCAGAAAGCCUUCGUCCUGGCAGCAGAGCUGAGAAUUCUCAACACGAGCAGCAAGAAAAGUCCAACAAUGUUGUUAAAUCUUUUUGGCGAUGGCCUCUUCAGCUUUUUCUUCAGCAUAUAAAAACCAACGUGAUUAAUUAUACUACAGAAAUGCUACUGGUAUCACCAAUAAAUGAUGUCAUUGAUGUUAUGUGAUUGAAUGAACUGAAUGAAUAUUAAGGUUCUGUAUCAUUUCAUUCUGCACUUCUCCUGCUUUUCAAUAAAGUGUGUUUGCUUCAGAAUUGGAGUAUUUUCUGGUGUUACCAUCUUAUUUCCGUCACUGUUAUCAUUCCGACAGAUCAGGGCCCGUAUUUAUCAAACUUUGCUCACUUUUAUUAUUUGCAAACUUAACAUUACAUUAGGAUUUUCUAAUGAUGUGAAAAUAGUCUGUAACACAGCUCAGGAGGUCUCUCAAACACACACCCUUUGAGAAGUGUUUUUAAAAAAUAUCAUCAGUCGAGGUGAAUAAAUAAAUGAAUUUAAAAAAUGAACGAAAGAAUGCAUAAAUAGGAAAGUAUCACUGAGUGACGAGCUAUUAGGUCUUUUAUUUGCAUUGAUAGCAACAUCUGAUAGGAAGUUAGGUCAUUUUUGUUUCUUUAAUGGCAUUUAUCAGGGGUGCAAACAAAAAGAAGAAAGCUGAUACCACUUUUGUGUGCAAUCAUUUCCCACACAUUAUUGUCUCCAAUUGUAAUACAGUAGUUCUAAUGUUGUUUGUUGACCUGCUCCCGGUUUGGAUCCAUUAUAAACUGUUUUCUAUGAAGUCAUCCCAUUUUAUAUUGUAAAUAUACCAGAUUAUUACAUAUUUAUUAACUCCACAAAGGUGGUCACAUUUUCAGUCUGCUUUGUUUUUCUGUCAGCAGAAUUACUUCAGAACUACUGGCCUGAUUUUCAUGAAACUUGCUUGUAGGGUGUCACAUGGGCCAAGAAAGGACCCAUCAAAUUUCUGACAGGCUCCAAAUCACAGGGCAAAUACAUGAAUUGUUUUUCACUUUAGAGAAGGAAUUUAGUGAAUGAAUUUUAAAUUUAGCCAAGUGUGCCAUUGCCCUUUAUUACAUACAUCAGCUGAACUAAUAACUUGAACUGACUGAUAUUUGACAGAGUUGUGGAAUGAAAAAUCCUAUUUAUUGCAGUGCUCUGAGGGAAAUUCAGGCCAAUUUCUUUUGUUUGUCAGAUAAAACAGUGGCGUCUUGGCUCAGAAGAAGCUAAAAUUGGAGAUUUUUGCAACACUCACUCACUCACUCACUCACUCACUCGCAGUGGAAAGAAAGGUUUGUGGAGUGGCUGUAACACGUUCUGCUCUAUCAUCUCACACUGACUUUGGUUCAUUGGUUAGUUUGCUCUGUAUGCAUC